AAACUCACUCUCCGAGUGGAAGAGUUCAUGGCAACCAGACGUUCACGUCCCUCGACCCAAUUUAAUCGUCCCUCAUCUCUCCUUCUCUAAAACCGCUUAAUUUUCAGCUUCAAACACAAACUUCUUUAUUCUUCCUAAAAAAGAACUCUGAGACCAUGUAAAAUAGUCAUCUAGGCUCAUCAUCGACCCUCCUCCUAUCAUCCGCCGCUAUGACCGCCGUCGCUUACUACCUCUCCCAACACCCUUCCAUAAUCACCUUCCGUUGGAGCCACACCCAAUCAUGGGGCUCCACCUGGUCAUUCUUAGUCACAUCCAUCGCCCUUUACCUCGCCCUCUCUUCCCUCCUCCACCUCUUUUUAUCCCUCCUCGUCAAACGUGGCAGGCCUGUUCCGCUCGGUCCAAUCCCGGCCUUCCACAGCCUGAUCAUGUCCCUGACCUCCGCCGUUAUAUUCGCCGGAAUCCUGCUCUCCGCCGCCGCUGAAAUCAAGGAAACCCGAUGGUUCUGGCGCCGUUCCAAAACCCCAUUCCAAUGGCUCCUCUGCUUUCCUCUCGGAACCCGUCCCUCUGGCCGUGUCUUCUUCUGGUCCUACAUCUUUUACCUCUCUCGUUUCCUCCACAUGUUCCGGACUAUCUUCAUAAUCUUCCGAACCCGAAAAUUAACCUUUUUCUACCUCUUCAACAACUCCAUAUUGACGAUCAUGUCGUUCCUAUGGCUAGAGUUUUCACAGUCGUUUCAGGUUUUGGCGAUCCUGUUCACGACCCUGGUUUACGCAGCGGUUUAUGGCUAUAGAUUCUGGACGGGAAUAGGGUUACCAAGCGCGUGCUUUCCAUUCGUUUUGAAUUGCCAAAUCCUGUUGUUAGGCUGCAACCUGGUCUGCCACGUCGGGGUCUUGACCUUGCAUUUCAUGAAAGGUGGCUGCAAUGGAAUUGGAGCCUGGGUUUUGAACUCCGUUCUGAAUGGGGUUAUUUUGUUACUGUUUUUGAAGUUUUAUGUUCAGAGCAGAAGAAAAGAUGGGAAACAAGCUAAGCUGAAGGAAAUUGUCAAGGACAAAGAUUUGUGAGUGGUGUCGGUUGUUUGGGAUUUUUUUCCUUCGUCUUCAAAAAGACUGAACAAGUUGUAUAAUUAAAUAUCUCUUUUUAAUUUGUACAAAAAAAGAAGAAGAAAAUAAGGCCUAUAAAGAUAUUAUUAUGUUAGUCUCUGCUUACAAAAAAUCUAUUUUGUUACACUAAUUAGAUGAUUA